AUGUCUCGUGUCACUAGACAGCUCAAAUUUCUGAAUAAGAUAAGCGCAGGUACGCCGAAGUCCCAAAUACUGGUGAAUCCUGAAAAGUGCGCCGCUCUCAAUCUCACUUUCCAGUAUCAAAAUCACAAUGGACACAUGGGUGCACGCAAGUUCUGGCGCGAAUACCUCCCCACACUUCAAUUUUACAAUCCAAGUUUACAAAUUCGAGUGACUAGGGUCAAAAAUGAGGACAAGAAAGAUGUAGGUGUGCCAUGCAUUUUACAAGUUUUGGCCAAAGACGGUAAUGUUACCUCUACAGUUGAGAUGAGAAAUAAAGAUAAGGAUGUUAUCAUGGAUGAAUUUUUGACCAUAGUAGAGCAUGAGAAGGUUCCUGAAUCCGACAUAAUCGAGGUUUAA